UCAAGCUGUGUUUGUGUGUGCUGCCGGGGACUCCUCCACUUCCUCGCGUCUGUUCCUGUCUAGGAUCUGACGGUCCCGCUGACAGCAGCCGCGGCUUACAGCGCGUCCUCCGGCACCCAGGGCUGCAGCGGGUUGUGUGUGUAUAUGUGUGUGCGUGAGGGGAAAAUGCCAUCACGAUAGCUCCAAUCAUUUCCACACACACUCACACUUUACAGGUCGCACAGCGGUGGUAGAAAAAAGAGCAUCCUGGCCCCAGCAACCAGCAGAUCUUAAAGCGGGACUGUCCGACGGGCUAGCUUCUAGGUGUCGCUGGUGCAGCUAGCUACAGAGCUAACUCCCUCUACGUACAACCGUUUACAAGAGGGGAACAUCAUUGAAUAAAGUGGAUUUCCGUGGAAGCCGCUGGAACUGCUUCUCUGUGGACCUUGCCCCGGACCCUAUUCGCCGUUUCAAUCACAGACGUCGGGAUAUAAAGCCGCGAUGGACAACCUCAGUGAAGCCCUGGAGAAGUUGAAGCUUGGCCCUGGCAGCCGAGCCCCAGACAGUGUGGAAGGCAGCCUCGACUGCCUGCUCAAAGCACUAGCACACAACAAUACAGAGGCCAGCAUGAAGAUCCAGGAGAUGGGCGUCCUUCCCAGCCUCCCAGCCCUGCUGUCCUCCGAGUCCACGUGCACGGCCAAGGUAGCCAACAUCAUCGCCGAGGUGGCCAAGAAUGAGUUCAUGCGGGGCCCCUGUGUGGACGCGGGUCUCAUCCCCCCCCUGGUGCAGCUGCUGACCUCCCCGGACCAGGAGCUGCUGCUUCAGACGGGCCGUGCCCUGGGCAACAUCUGCUACGACAGCCAUGAGGGCAGGAGUGCAGUGCAGCAGGCGGGAGGGGCACAGCUAGUAGCAGAACACAUUAAGUGCCUCUCCCUAAAUACUGAGCCGGCCAAUGAGAAGCUCUUGACUGUCUUUUGUGGCAUGCUGAUGAACUAUAGCAAUGAUAAUGACUCCCUGCAGGCCCAGCUGAUCAACAUGGGGGUUAUCCCAACACUGGUGAAGCUGUUGGGGGUCCACUCUCACAACACCGCCCUGACGGAGAUGUGCCUUAUAGCCUUUGGGAACCUUGCCGAGCUCGAGUCCAGCAAGGAGCAGUUUGCGUCGACCAACAUCGCCGAGGAGCUGGUGAGGCUGUUCCAGAAGCAGACAGAGCACGAGAAGAGGGAGAUGGUGUUCGAGGUGCUGGCGCCGCUGGCGGAGAACGAUACGAUCAAGCUGCAGCUGGUGGAGGCGGGCAUGGUGGAGUGUCUGCUGGAGGUGGUGGGGCAGACGGUGGACGGGGACCGGGAGGAGGACGUGGCCCAGCUGAAGACGGCCUCCGACCUGAUGGUGCUGCUGCUGCUGGGAGACGAGUCCAUGCAGAAGCUGUUUGAGGGGGGCAAGGGCAGCGUGUUCCAGCGGGUCCUGUCCUGGAUCCCGUCCAACAACCACCAGCUGCAGCUGGCCGGGGCCCUCGCUAUCGCCAACUUUGCCCGCAACGACGGUAACUGCAUCCACAUGGUGGACACGGGCAUCGUGCAGCAGCUGCUGGAGCUGCUCCGGCGCCACGUGGACGAGGGCAACGUCACCGUGCAGCACGCCGCUCUCAGCGCCCUGCGCAACCUCGCCAUCCCCGUGGUGAACAAGGCCAAGAUGCUCUCGGCCGGCGUGGCGGACGUGGUCCUGAAGUUCCUGCAGUCGGAGAUGCCCCCGGUGCAGUUCAAGCUGCUCGGGACGUUACGCAUGCUCAUCGACACGCAAGCCGAGGCCGCGGAGCAGCUGGGAACCAACGACAAGCUGCUGGAGCGCCUGGUGGAGUGGUGUGAGGCCAAGGACCACGCCGGGGUCAUGGGCGAGUCCAACCGCCUGCUCUCCGCCCUCAUCCGGCACAGCAAGUCCAAGGCCGUCGUCAAGGUGGUCAUCGAAGGGGGAGGAGUCAAGCACUUGGUCACCAUGGCGACCAGUGAGCACAUGAUCAUGCAGAACGAGGCGCUGGUGGCCCUGGGUCUGAUCGCGGCCCUGGAUCUGGUGGCGGCGGAGAAGGACUUCGAGGGCUCCGGCCUGGUGGCCAUGCUCCACCGGCUGCUGGCGGACGAGCGGAGCGCCCCGGAGAUCAAGUACAACUCCAUGAUCCUGGUCUGCUCCGUCAUGGGCUCAGAGCCUCUCCACAAGGAGGUGAGGGGCCUGGCCUUCAUGGACGUGGUGGCCAAGCUGCGCACCCACGACAACAAGACGGUGUCCCACCAGGCCUCGCUCACCGAGCAGAGGCUCACCUCGCAGAGCUAA